UGCAGUGUGUGUCACCUACCACAUGUACUGUACUCUGGACCUACAAACGCACACACAUAUAUUUAUCAAACAUGGAGUGAACCAGCUUCAUUUGUUUGGAGAUUAAAAAACACCAGGGCAGAGAUGAACGAAGCAGCUCUUCUUCUCCCAGUGGUCCAGGCAGGGGACGGCAGGAGCCUGACCAGAGCAGAGUUUCUCUCCCUGCUGAACACAUACAACUGCUUCCUCAAGGACCACACUCAGCUGCACCUCGGCUACUCUCAGGGUGGGGAUGGAGAGGUGGUGGUUGAGGGCUUCCUGAACAUCUCCUGGGGAGUGCGCAGACCCAUCAGGCUGAAAAUACAAGACGACAAACAGAUGAUCCCCUUCGCUCCUCUGAACUCCCCCGACCCCACCAGUCCAGUUAGCCCUAUGGGGGACAAGAGGGGUAUGUCCCGGUGGGGAGAAUGCAAUGACCUUCACCAGGUAGAUGAGAUGGCCGAGACACCGCAGGACACAGUGGUCACCAAGCCUUUACCAGGCCCGGCGGUUUAUGAGACGACCACACUGCGUCCUGCGAGGCAAAAGAGCCACGAGCUGGAGGCGGAGUCCAACCUGUUUCGCUGCAUGAGCGACGCCUCAUUGGUCAAGAGGAGACGGGGCACGGUGAAGUCGGCAGCGCAGAGAGAGAAGGAAAGGCAACAUCGCUUCUCCAUCAAUGGACACUUCUAUAACUAUAAGACGUCGAUCUUCACACCGUCUUUCGGCACUCCAACUAAAGUUCGUAUCACCAGCAGGAUGAGCACAAACCAGGUCAUCGAACAGCUGCUGAACAAGUUCAAGAUAGAGAACGAUCCCCAGGAGUUUGCCUUGUACUGUGUCCAUCAGAGCGGAGAAAAGAGGAAGCUCAGUGAGAGGGACCAGCCCCUGUGGGAGCGCAUACUUCAGGGACCCUCCGAUGACAUCAUGAAGAUCUUUUUGAUCGACAUGGACGAAGAGGAAGUCAGCAAUGACGUAGCCCAGUAUCUGAACUUGGAGCUUCCUAUCCUGGAGCAGGUCCUUCUGCAACUCCGAGAGGAGGAGAACAGAGUGAUACAGAGAGUCGUGAGCAAGUAUCACCAGCAGCACAGACUCCUAUUGCACAUGCUGACCUCUAAGAUGUCCCCUCACAUUGAGACUAGUGUCUGAAGACUUUAAGGGCCGACAAGUUGUUGUCCAACAUCUUCAACUUCAUCAGCAAUUUCAAAGAUGUUUGGAAAACCCAAUCUGCCUUACAAACUGAGUCACUUGUCGUUCUUAUUUAGGUGAAUUAAAAAAAAAUCUGUUAGUUAAAUAAAGAUGCUGUAAAGAACUGUAAAUGUGUAUUGUUUGUCAAUAAAUAAAAGUUGUUGGACCCGGA